GAGCACUUCCUACUUCAGAUGUGAUGAUGGUUGGAUUGUUGUCAACUUUCCAUGCGUGGAGAUGAGAAGAAUAUCAACAAUGUAGAAUUUGCUAUCAGGAUUCUCUUAGUCUCUUGUGGAGAUGGACGAGAUAAGUCCUUUGCUGGACAGUCAGUCGCAAGAUGGUGCAAAUCUUCUGUCUCCAAAUUUGAGGCCAAGACACCAGGAACUGAUCCCUACGCCAUGUGGACCGAUAAAAUCCUGGUCAGAGCUGUCAUGCCCGCUCAAGUCCUACUUCUGCUUGACUGUAUCAUCUCUCCUGGUGUUGCUGGGCCUCACCGUGUCCAGCAUCUACAAGCAGCACAUGGGCACGGCCGUCUCAGACGAAGACAACUUAACCGUCUCUCUCAUCCAGCUCAUUGGAAUAUUGUUCUGCAUGUACUACAUCAGCCGAGGGGUUCUCCAGGACAACAGACAAGAACUGGUCAAGUUUGUGCUCAGCGUGCUGGUCGUCAUGGUUCGAUCCCUGGUCAACUUCUGCGUGCUUGACUCAGAAGACAAGAAGAAGCUGCUGGUGCGGUUUGUGUGCAUUUUAAGUGUGGGCUUGGUUCACGUCUUCUGCACCACGCUGCUCAUCCGCAGACCCAACAUGAUGGCCUUCCGUGUGGGCGGGGCCUUGGAGAGCCUCCAAGAGCAGUAUUUUGUGCUGAACCUCUGUUUCUCCAUGGUGACCUUUGACCUGCAGGCCCAGUUGUGUUUGUGUGUCCUGAUCACCACGUGGGACUCCACCAUGUCCACUUGGAACGGCGUCAUCCUGGGAGUGGGCGUGGCCUGGGCCUGCCUGACCACUGCUGUCGGAGCAGCUGCAGUCUUAAAGGAGUCCAAAGUCCUGGUGUGGAUCUUCAUGACACAGAACCUCCCUCAAGUGGCCUUCUUUGUCUUUGUCAUUUAUACGGUGGUGGUGAAGUGGGAGGAAGACAGCUCGGACACGCUGGAGGCCGCUGCCAUCACUGGAGGAGUCAUCUCUCUGCUCAUUAAAAUAGUGUUGGUGUGGAGCCUUGUCAGGCUUGUUAGGAGCUUUGGACAAGGUCUCAGAGAAAGAAUGUUUGCAGGCAGCAAGUAACAAGGAGUUGGGGGUCAAAGGUCACUGCUGCACACAAAGACCUGAGCGUGGAGUCACAUUUUUACGGUUUGGUGACACGAUUGGGAAAACAAAAAUAGUCUCCUGCUGCAGAAAAGGCUUUUAUUUUAUUUGUAAGAUUUUCCUUUUUGCAUUACCUGGACUACCUCUUUGGGAAACCCAUAUGCCAACUUAAUAAUACUAUUGUUAGAAUUCAAAAAUAUGUUUUCCCAAUACUGUAAUGAUUGUAUGGCACUUCAGUUCACUUCACAAUUUUUACUAAUAUUAAUAUUAGAAUUUUAAUAUUUUAUUUCUUUAUUAUUACUACUUUUAAAAUUUAAAUUCUGUAAUAUUUUAAUUAAAUGUAUAGAUUUUCAUUCUUUUUAAUUUUUUGGGAGAAAUGUAGCUACAGUAUAUACUACAUUUAAUUGCACUUAAGAUUUGUAUUGUAUUUCUAAAUAUUAAUAUUUGAAUUCAGUUCAUUUUCUUUUAGAUGUAUUUGUUGCCAAAUGUACCUGUACUGCAUUUCAUUUUGAAAUAAAUUUCCUAGUACUAUAUACAUUUCGUUGAUUGGUGGCCACACAAACAGGAGCUCUGGGUUCGUAUCACCAUUUGGGCAUCUCUUGUGUGGAAUUUGCAUGUUCUCCCUGUGUGUGGGGGGGUUUUCUCUGGGUACUCCGGUUUCCUCCCACAUUCCAAAAACAUGCAUAUUAGGUUAACUGGAGACUCUAAAUUGUCCUUAGGUAUGAAUGUGACUUGGAGUGGUUUG